CCCCGCGCCUGAGGCGGCGGGUGUGGGACGGCGACGGGGUCCUCGGAUUGAGACCAUGGAGCGCGCGCUGGCCGUGCCGCGGCUACCCCCGCGUGACCCGGGGACGCCGGCGCUCUCGGUGGUGGACAUGCACACCGGCGGCGAGCCCCUGCGCAUCGUGCUGGGGGGGUGUCCGGAGGUGCUCGGGGCCACCUUGCUGGCCAAGCGGCGCUACAUGCGCCAGCACCUGGACUACGUGCGGCGGCGGCUCAUGUUCGAGCCCCGCGGGCACCGGGACAUGUAUGGGGCCGUCCUGGUGCCCAGCGAGCUGCCAGACGCGCACCUGGGCGUCCUGUUCCUGCACAAUGAGGGCUACAGCUCCAUGUGCGGCCACGCAGUGCUGGCGCUGGGCCGCUUCGCCCUGGACUUCGGCCUGGUGCCCGCGCCCGCAGAGGGCGCCCGCGAGGCGCGCGUCAACAUCCACUGCCCCUGCGGGCUGGUGGCCGCCUUCGCCGAGUGUGAGGGCGGCCGCAGCCGUGGCCCCGUGCGCUUCCACAGCGUCCCGGCCUUCGUGCUGGCCGCAGAUAUCACCGUGGAUGUUCCCGGACAUGGGCAGGUGGUCGUAGACAUUGCAUAUGGUGGAGCAUUUUAUGCAUUUGUUAGUGCUGAGAAGCUAGGACUCGAUGUUUGUUUUGCAAAGACAAAGGACCUUGUGAAUGCAGCAAGUGCAGUGACAAAAGCAGUGAAAGCUCAGUUUACAAUUAAUCAUCCUGACAGUGAAGACCUUGCCUUUCUGUAUGGAACCAUAAUAACAGAUGGAAAAGAUGCUUAUAGUGAGGAACCGACCACUAACAUCUGUGUGUUUGCAGAUGAACAGGUUGACAGAAGUCCAACCGGCUCAGGAGUGACCGCCCGAAUUGCCUUACAGUAUCAUAAAGGGCUUCUACAGCUGAACCAGACCAGAGCCUUUAAAAGCAGCACGACUGGCUCCGUGUUCACAGGAAAAGCUGUGAGGACUGUACAGUGGAGUCCUUCUGAGGCUGAAUGCAGAGGCACAUGUCAGAACCUAGCUGUCUUCUGUUAAGCCUGACAUGAAAGAGGCUUGCAAAAUUUUUUUUCUUUGUUUUGGCAAAUAGCUAUUUUCACAGAAAUGUGUUAUUUAUACUUUAAUAUGUAAUGGGUUUAUUGUUUUAAAUGAAAUAAUGAGCAAAUAUCUGUAAUUCCCAACAUAGCAAAUACUGAUAUAACUAACAUACACAAACGAGAACUCUUUGAGAUCUUCAAACCUCAAAUCUUUCAAAAUCUUCUGAAACCAAAGAUUUGAGAACCACUAAAUUAGGAUUAGGGGUUUUUUGUUUGUUUUUUUGUUUUAUUUCUUAGUAGUGUUUCAUGUUGUAUGAUAUAGGAAGUAAAACCCUGAAAAGUUGUGGAAAGUAGAAUUUAUGAAAUGGAACCAAGUUUUAAAUGUGCUAAAAGCUAAUUGCUGAAUCUACUCAUUGUGUUAUAGUAAAUAAAACCUACUGUAACAUGAUUUAUCUGCAUUUAGUAAAUGAAUCUACUCAGAAGGAGUCCUUACAAUCUAUCUAAACAUAGCUGGGUUUUUUCUGUUUUUUUGAGAGUCUCACUGUCACCCUGGGUAGAGUGCCCUGGGAUCAUAGCUGACAGCAACCUCCAACUCUUGGGCUCAAUUGAUUCUCUUGUCUCAGUCUUCCCAGUAGCUGGGACUACAGGCACCACAAUGCCCAGCUAAUUUUUCUAUUUUUAGUAGAGACAGGGUCUCGCUCUUUCUCAGGCUGGUCUUGAACUACUGAGCUCAGUCCACCUGCCUCAGCCUCACAGAGUGCUGGGAUUACAGGCAUGAGCCACUGUGCCUGGCCGGUAUUUUUGAGGUUUGAUUUUUCUGAAUAUUGACUUUUCUUUAAGUUAGGGAAUUCCUAUAUUAUAUAGUGAUCUCAUAGUAUAGCAAACUUCUAUAUGCAAAAAUUUGUAGCACCUUUUCUUUAGAAUCUGAGAUUAUACAUAAAAAUAAUAACUGUGAGUCAGUCUCCAAACUAAGUACUUUAUGCACACCAUCUCAUUUACUCUUCAUGAGAAUCCUAAGAGGUUGGCACUGUGCUGUUAAUAUCCCCUUUUAACAGGUGAUAAAAUGGGAAAUCAGAAAAUCAGAGAAGUUAGGUAAUUUGGCAGAGGUUAGUUAAUGAGCAUGGGGACUAGGCUGUGAAUGUGGCCUCUCGGAGCAGACCUUGUGCUGCUAAGCACUGUGUUAGAUCGCUGCUGGCAAAGCAGAAGUUCUAUGGGCAUUUUGUUAAAGCAGGUUAUGUUAUACCCUAAUUUAAUAUGUGACAUUUUACCUUUAGCUUCAAGCAUUCUUGUUUAAGAAAUUAAAUGAAAAGAAGUUAUGCUGCAGUUAUAGCUGGGUACGGUGGCGUGUGUGCCUGUAGUCCCAGCUACUCAGGAGGCUGAGACAGGAGGAUCGCUUGAGUCCAGGAGUUUUGGGCUGUAGUGCGCUAUGCCCAUCAGAUGUCUGCAAUAAGUUCGGCAUCAAUAUGGUGACCUCCCACAAGCAGGGGGGCCACCAGGUUGCCUAAGGAGGGGUGAACUGGCCUAGGUCAGAAAGCUGCCGUGCUGAUCAGUAGUGGGAUUGCGCCUGUGAAUAGCCACUGCACUCAAGCCUGGGCAACAUAGUGAGACCCUGUCUCUUAAAAAAAAAAAAAAAAAAAAGAUUUGAAGUUAUUUACUUUACAGUUGUUUAUCAUGUUGUCAGAGAGUGUCACUUGCACCACGCUCUCUCCCUCUCACCUGGGCCCUUCUAGGCCAUCUCAUGUACCUGCUCUGUCUCUUGUCCUGCCCUGGCUUCCUUUCCCUGUCCUUCCAUUUAGGCAUCCCCAUCAUUUCAUUCUGUCUUCCUUCUCCUCCCAUCCAGUUUGACCUCACUGGGCAGUUUCAUUCACUUCCUAGGCUUCCAUUCUCAACCAUCUGCUGCUGAUGACUACCAAACCUUCAUCUCUACCACACCUACCCUGUACUUCCUUUUUAAUUUACUACUUUUGGGAGGAAGGGGACAGGGUCUUACUCUGUUGCCCAGGCUAUAGUACAGUGGCAUCAUUAUAGCUCAUUACAGCCUCUAACUCCUGGGCUCAAUCAAUCCUCCAGACUCUGCUAACCAAGUAGCUGGAACUACAGGCACACCACCACCACACAUGGCUCGUUUUUCUACUUUUUAGUAGACAUGGGGGACUUGCUCUUGCUCUGGUCUCAAACUCCUGGCCUUAAGCUAUCCUCCCAGCUUGGCCUACCCAAGUGCUAGAGUUACAGGUGUGAGCCACUGCACCUGGCGUGACUCUAUCACUCUUAAUCCCAGCUGUUCACUGUACUCAUCUCUAAAUGAUUGUCCCACAGGUAUCUCAAACUUGCCUUGUUAAAAAACUCUUCCUUCCUAAAAUGUGUUUCUCCUCCUCAUUCCCCAUCAUGGUUAAUGGUAUCACUGCAUCACUUCCAACCUAGAAACUGGUCACAUUUAACUUAUUCCUACUCCUCAGAUCCCACAUACAUUGGGCCAACAGGCCUGUCAGCUCUGCCUCCCAAGUCUUUCUGUAUUGUGUUCUCCAUCUUCACCAGACCUACACUAGUGACUAUGGAUUCAGGGACUUGAGGCUAUCUCUUAAUCGAUGUCUGCAUUUCUGGGUUCUUUCCUCUCCAGUUUGUCCCUCACUUAACAGCUUAAAGUAUCCAAAACACAUUGUCUGAUCAUGUCACUGUCCUUAAAAGCCUUCCCUUUCCCACAGGAUUGCCCUGGGGUUUUCUUUAACAUGAUAAAAACCAAGAGGACAACUUUUAGGCCAGAUACAACAUAAGCGCAGUAUUUUGAUAGCAUAUUCCAUUCAUGUUUUUUUCAGGAAGCAAAAUGUGGUGAUUUUCCAGCUGUCAUAGUGGAAGUGUCAGGACAA